UGUCAUUAAAAAUUCUAAAUCUCCCUGCUUUGCAACAAAUUUUGGAUAAAUUUUUAUUUAUUUUUUAAUAAUUUUUCGAAAUGUUAAAUAUUUUUCACUUAUUCCCCAUCUUCCACAAAGAAGAGAAGAAAACAUAUGAAAAUGGAGUUUUUCGAUUUGCAGAUGAUAUUUUAAAGAUCACGCUAUCCGGCACGACCUGGUGUUUAUUUGUCAUUGCAAUUCUUCUCAUUGCAUCUUGCCUGUCCUAUUUAUAUUUUGGACGGAAAAAAAGACAUGAAAACCUACAACGGAUGAGGGAUAUUCAACAUCUAAUAGAAAGAACACCACAGAAAAGAAGACCCGGUGCUGUAACUCGGGAAAGAGAAGUUUUUCGAAAUGUCUUAAACACAGCCCAUUCGUAUAUUUAUCCAGAGGAUGAAAAUCUGAAAUGUGUGAUCCGUCAGACAAGAAGCGGAACAAUUUAUGGAUCGUUUAUGGAAGCGAAAGAUAACAAGGCUGAAAGUUAACCAUGUACUAAACAUUAUCAAAAUUACAGGAAAAAAUUAAUUAAAAA